AUGAUUGGUGCCAAUCUGUGUCUUGAGCCAAUCGCUAGUGAGUUGCUUCAUUCCGAUGAACCGACGCUACAACUGGGAAGUUUGACACUCAUCAAUCAACUCCUUCUCAAUUCUCCAAGUCCAAUCGCGAAGAUUCGUCUGCAACAUGAACUUAAAGAGUUGAAAAUCGAUGGACGAAUCGACCAGUUGAGAAGUUCGAAGCAAGAAGGAACGUUGCAACGUGCUAUUGAAGAGCAAAUCGAAUUGUGGCACUCGAAACGUGUUCAGAGUUGUGAAGCACUCUCGAGAGAGCGGUCCACAUCACUGAUCGAAGAAGAGGAUUUGACAUCGUUCAGCGAGGAUAGCGAAGAUGACAACAUGAUGAGCAGUACGAAUACAACACCGCGAUCGCCAUCAAGCACAUCUGCAAAUAGUGAUGCGAUGAGCCUCAGUCAUAUGGAUGAUAAAACUUCAGAGAAAAGUGGAGAUGACUCGCGUGACACUGACAAUAUGUUGAUGCAACUAAUAAAAAUCUUUAAAUCUAGUCCAACAGAUGCGGUCUAUAUGAAAGUGGUGGAAGAGAUCUUGAAUACAACCUGCAGUAAGAAAGAUUUCGAGAUGAUAAUGGCGAUAUUGAGAAAGGAUGGCAAAGAGGGCAUUCUAGAAGGAUCCAAGUUAUCUUGUCUAUCAUCACCGACAUCCGUCAAAGUGUUCCCGCCGUCAACCAGUGAAUCUGUAUCUGCCCCUCCCCCUCCUCCGCCGCCCCCACCUCCACCCCCGCCCUUACCAUCCUCAUCGAACAUACCUCAACCUCAGCCUGCAUUCUCAUCAACAUACGGUUCAACUCCUCCUGCUCCACCACCACCCCCCUUCGAAUUGAAGUCGUCUCACAAUUCGCUACCAACCCACCUCGCUUGUAAGCCAAAAGUUGAAAUACCAGCAACAUUCAGACCAAAAGCGAUGCCUAAACAAGGAACUAAACUCAAACAAAUUCAGUGGACAAAAAUACCUGCUGAAAAGGUGGUUGAUGGGGGUGAGGAGAGUGUGCGUAAUGUUUGGAUGUCAUCGACGAAACUCAAUGAAAAUGAGUUAAGCGUCGAUUUCGACGAAUUAGAGUGUAUGUUCUCUUGUGGAGCUUCUUUGUUGAACGAGUCAUUAAGUGCAGAACGCAACAAAAGUGUGCGUAAGAGUGAGCAGAUUACUCUGUUGAGUCACAAACGCAGCUUCAAUGUCAGUAUUUUCAUCAAGCAAUUCAAAGAAGGAGCGUUGCAAGUUGUGAACUAUAUACGUGAAGGAAGAGGCGAUUUAAUUGGUUUGGAAAGAUUGAACGCACUUGUUAACAUUCUGCCGGACAGUGAAGAGAUUGGGAUUCUACGAGGAUUCAGUGGUGAUGUGGCACAGUUGGGUCCAGCCGAGCAGUUCUUCUUGAACUUGUUAACACUAAGCGAUUACAGACUGAAACUGGAAUGUCUCAUUCUGAAGAUCGAGCUGGAAUCAGCGUUCGAUACACUAAUUCCUCAAAUCGAAUUGAUCAUCGCUGCAUCGAACGAAAUAAAGCAGAGUACUUCACUACCAAAACUAUUCUGUAUGCUCGUACAAAUCGGUAAUUUUUUGAAUGCGAAUGGCAGUUGCGGUAAUGCGGCUGGUUUCAAGUUGAACUCAUUGUGGAAAAUAGUCGACAUGAAAGCGAAUAAGAAGAGCAUAACACUGCUGCACUUCAUCGCUAUGUGUGCCGAAAGCCUUUCGCAAGAGCUGAAAACCGUACCUGCGGCCGCUAAGUUGUCACUGGAGAGUAUACGCACUGAAGUGCGAACACUGUGCGAUAAACUUGUUCGGAUUGGUGGUCAGAUCGAAACGAAAGCGCUUGAAGAUGCAUACUUUGAGGGCUUAAGUGCACACUUUGAGGAAGCCAAAACGAGUAUGCGGGAAGUGGAGGAGAAAUUGGAACAAGUCAGUGAGUUGAUCAUCGAAUUGGCGUUAUAUUUUUGUGAGGAUGAGAAGGUAUUCAAAGUGGAGGAAUGCUUCAAAAUUCUCUCAACAUUCGUCUGUCGUCUGCAUGACGCCUUGAAAGAUAACGAAGAACGAAUAAAACACGAAAGACGGAGUGAAAUGCGCGCAAUGAGUUCGCAAAAUAAUCUUCAGCAUAGCUCAUCCAAUCUCGACCUAUCCAACAAUAAACAUCUCGUGAGCGUUCUUCAGACCGAUGGAGGACUCGAUAGACAAAUACGAACACGAUCUCAGUCCUCGGCGAUCGGUAGUACGCCGAGCAAUUUGAAUUUUGAGGAUGAAUCGAGUAGUGAGAGUGAGCUGCGACGAACGUGCAGAUCGAUACGGACGAGUCGUAGUCUGCUGAAACCCGAUGACGAGUCAGACCAUACGCCAACGGUACUGAGAGUAAGGCGGCAGUCAAGGCACAGUAGUGAUGCAUUUCUUGUGCGAAACAGUCAAAAUUUAGACGAUUUCCUGAAUGCAGCCGAACAAGUGGAGAAAGAAGCGAUUCGAGGAUCUUCUGAGAGACAUUCACCAAUUCACAACAGACCCUUGAUAGAAGCUGUAGUUGACAGUGCCAAUGCAUCAGGAAGUGUAUCAUCCAUAGGCUCAUCGCCGACUGCGAGGACAGCUCACGAUGAGGGAUUCGAAUCGGAUAAGAGUGAGCAUAAAUCAGCAGAGGCAAAUCUGAGUGUCAUCCCAUGUUCGACAGCUUCCACGACUGCACCAAGUAUAACACCAGUGGUGAGGGUGAUACCGGAGCAACAAGCAGCCACUUCUUUAAGUGGAACUCUUAUCGACAAGAACGCUGCUCAUGAUGACGAUCGUAGCACUGCCACGUCAAGUUGUGUCCAUUACAUCGAGAUCAAUUCUGAAACGCAAACGCCAUCCUCCAACAACACUUGUCUACAACAACAGAACGUUCAGCAACCGAAUAACAACGAUAGUAAUGGCAUUAAGAUUCAUAAAAACAAUCGUAACAACAAAAAUACUACUGAUAAUAGCAGCGUUACUAACACUGACAAUAAUAAUAAUGCUAAUGCAAAAACAACAACACGUCGUAGUAAUAUGCCGCGUGCCGCGAGUGCUACACCGAAUCGUCGCAAUGGUCUCCCGGUACGUAGCACGAUUCAGCCACGUACCCAUCAGCCACAUACCCCGAUCGCAUCAAAACCCGUCACCCGAACCACGUCGAUCCCUCCGCCUCAGCAACGAAUUCCAUCCUUACAAUUAGCAACAUCACACACGUCACGUCAAAAUGUCCACAGAACAACGCCAAAUGUUGCUAGACUAUCGCCUUCACAUCCCAACCCAACACCCAAUCGAAUCGCACUCCCCCAGCAACGCACCGCUGCCAAACGUUUAUCGUCAUCUGUAAGACCGACGGAACGUGAUAAGCUGCAUAUGAAUUCAGCAACACCGCAGAAACAAGUGCAGAAAAGAUCCGCGUCGUCAUUGCCAAAACCUCACAGUGCACCAUCUUCAAAAGAUCUUAAUCCUAACUCGCUGACAACACCUUCAUCAAGCGCUCUCAAAGGCAGAUUCAGUCCUCUACCUACUCAGACAACUCCACUAACUCGCAGACCGCCUUCUACGAAUCUUCAUAAGCCAAUCUCGACUCGUUCACCAACAAUAGUGUCGAUAGUUCGUAAUCCUACUACCACCAGCAACACGGCUCGAACUUCGACACGACCGCAGGCGGCACCUCGAAAUGUCACCGUCGGAUCACCGUCCACCGAUGCCAACGUACCAUCAUCCACAACGACAACGCUCGCACAUCCUCCCGCAGCACGAGUGAAGUCAUUCGCGACUACAGCUCAACGAACAUCACGUCCAACAACUCCUUCGAAAGCAACACCCAGCCAACCUCAUCCCCAGACCCGUUCCAAUAUCCGCCAUCCAACACCAUCUCACCACCCCAAACCUCUAGCACGUCCAUCCACUACACCUCUCCCAGGUGCCAGUUCACCUCGCAAAACAUUAACAGCAAUUCAUACACCCAACGGAAGCGUUCCAUCAGCAAACAGUAACGAAAGACACUCGAUGAAACGUUCAGAUUCGUGUAGUACAGCAUCUCGUCCAGCUUUAAUCAAAACCGGUUCAAUAACAAAACCUGGAUGGAGGUGA